GCGGGGUGGGCGGGCCCGUUCUUAAUCUUGGCCGCAAGAGAGUUUCAUAGUGGUGGGGGGAGGGGGAGAGACACCUUUUUAAUUGCUCCGAGGACCGCUUCCAAAGAGACGCAGUAGUCCCACUCCCUUUUGGGGGCCGGGAGGGAGCGGCUUGUGUCCGCCAUGUUGGUGAAGGUAAACGUAGGCGACCGGAGCUCCAGGACUGUCUGCUUUGCUGGCUCAAGUCCGCCAUAUUAAUAAAGAGACGGGGAAGGUUGACACCCCCACCCCCAGCCCCCCAUACACACACCCUUUUUUCCACUCCGCUUCCACGACUCCUCUCGGUGGCCUGUCCCCUGCUUCGCUUGCCUCGCUUUUGCCCGAAGGAAGCGUAGCAGCCAGCGCCUCAGAACAGUCUUAACACAGCGCCGAAUGAGGGGGAAAGGGAAAUGCCGACCAAUUGCGCCGCGGCGGGCUGUGCUACUACCUACAACAAGCACAUUAACAUCAGCUUCCACAGGUUUCCUUUGGAUCCUAAAAGAAGAAAAGAAUGGGUUCGCUUGCUUAGGCGCAAAAAUUUUGUUCCGGGAAAACACACUUUUCUUUGUUCCAAGCACUUUGAAGCCUCCUGUUUUGACUUAACAGGACAAACUCGACGACUUAAAAUGGAUGCUGUUCCAACCAUUUUUGAUUUUUGUACCCAUUUAAAGUCUAUGAAACUCAAGUCAAGGCAUCUUUUGAAGAAAAACAACAACUGUACCCCAGCAGGACCAUCUAAUUUAAAAUCAAACAUUAGUAGUCAGCAAGUACUACUUGAACACAGUUAUGCUUUUAGGAAUCCUAUGGAGGCAAAAAAGAGGAUAAUUAAACUGGAAAAAGAAAUAGCAAGCUUAAGAAAGAAAAUGAAAACUUGCUUACAAAAAGAACGCAGAGCAACACGAAGAUGGAUCAAAGCCACGUGCUUGGUGAAGAAUCUGGAAGCAAAUAACAUAUUACCUAAGGGCACAUCAGAACACAUUUUACCAACUGCCUUACGCAGGCUUCCUUUGGAGGAUUUCAAGAUUCUUGAACCUGAUCAACAAGAUAAAACAUUACCAAUUCUAUAAAACAUUCCUUUAAGAUUAGCCCACAAACAACUUGAUGCCCAUCCUUCAUUCUAGUCAAAGGUAAAGAUAUUUAAGGAAAUUAUGCCAAAAUUGGGUAUUUACUAAAGUAUUACUUGAAGUAACAGUAUUACUGUAUAAUUUAUAAAGACUUGAUUAUAAAAAAAAUGGAAACUUUCUAUGAAACUUAUAUUUGAAAAAGAAUGCAAGUGCCUUACAUGAGAAUUAUGUACUUAAAAUUUUUGCUAGGAAAUUGUGUGUUUGAAAGGUGUUUUGUGCUUUUGUCUUUUAAAACUACUUUCAAAGAACUGUCUAUGACAAUAUGUUUAAUUUCUAUUAGAAAAUUUUUUUCCUGUAGCAAUGUUGGGAUAUUACAUUCUAAAUAGGAUUCUAAAUAAGAAUUAGCCAACACUAAAUAUGACUUUAAAACUGCUGGGUUUUGUAUUAAUUGAAUUAUUAUUGGAACUGUGAUUUGGAAAUUUUAUAGGAACAAAAUCUGAGGUACAAGGCAAGUUCUGUAAUUUAAACUUUCCGUAUCUGCUCACCAACAAAAGUGACAAAAGUCUUGGCCUCCUUCAUGAAAAUACUAGCUUUUAAAAUAGAUUAUAAAAUAUUUUGAAAAUAAUAUUUUGAAUGUGAAGUACUCUUGAGUCAUCCAAGCAAGGUAAGGCCUGAAGUACCUCAGGCUAGAAAAACUGGUAGCCAGUUAUAUGUUGUGAAAUAAUGUAGGCAUUGUGAUCUAGCUUUUACCUUCGUUAAAAAGAUAAAUUUAUACUACUUUUUUCUCAUAAUAAAACAUAUUACAUUUUCAAUUCCAAAAUUGAUGCAUUAUUAAUUAGGCAAUGUGAUACAAAGUUCCAUGUUAGGAAUACCUCCUCUACCCCCAUGUAUGUUGAUAACCAAAACUCGUAAGCUUUUUUUUCCCCCCAUAAGCCCACAUUAGGAUUUAAUUACAGAAAAGUACCUACCAUAUUCUGUCUUCCCAACUUAUAACUUCAAAUGGAAUCACUUUAUUGUACAUAUCAGCUUGCUUUUAUCUCCUUUUUUAGCAAGUCAAAUAGAGCAACUGUACUGCAUAAGGGAAAUGAAAUGUAUUUUCUAUAAAAAUACAUGUGUGAUAAAGUUAUGAAAAUGCUAUUUUACAAAAUAGAAUAUAAGAACUAUGAUAGUUGCCACUUGAACUAAUUAAAGAGUUCACCUUAUUUCCCCAGAUAAAUUUUUAAUUUUAUUAAGAAUCCUUUCCUUCAAACAGCUUUGGGCAAAUAGCAUUAAGUUUAUUAAUGUGUAAUCAAGUUAUUCAAUCUUAGUUCAAGCUUCUGACAUUACCAUAUGAAAGUAGCAAGCAUAUACCUAACCAUAAUUGUUAUAAAUUUUUCCUUUAAGGUAAUGGCUAUUUUAUUUUAUAAAGAAAUUUGGGGCGGGGAGGGUUUGGGUUGUGUUUGUUUUGUUUUGGUUUUGGUGACAUUUGCUUGGAUGCCAGCAAUAGUCUUUUUCCAGUAUUAACACCCUUUCUUUUAAUAAGGAAUGCCUCCCAAGCAACUAGAUUUCACAAAGGCAAAGGUAAGAAAAGUCUGUGUUGCUUAUCAUGAGGCACUUAAAUCAAGUAUUUAUGAAAAUCUUUUGUGAAUAUUAUAAACCUUAUUAGUCAUUUUAUCUUAAAUAUUGGACAUAGCUCCUUGAAAUUGUCAUUCCGUGUUUUUUUUCUAAUAUGGUUUCAAAUAUCUCUUCACUUACUGACCAUAUCUUUAUACCUUAAAAUAAGCUGGGCAAAUACUCACCUAAACAAGUAUAAACUCUCACGUGGUUCAUCACUCCUCCGCAAUAUAAAACAAAAUACUAAUUAAUGCAGGCUAGUUCCCAUCUACCAUAGUAUCUUGAUAUCUUAAUAUAACAUUUUAAAAAUCACAAAAAUAUAAAAUACAAGCUUUUGGCAAGGUUAACUAGACUUCAUUCAUUAUUAUUUGAGACUACUGAAUAAACUACCACUCAGUAAUUUUAAAGUAUUUUUUUUGGUGUUUUCUCCAUGUCAUUUUCAUGUUACUGUCCUGAUAACAUGCUCCAAAUUCUCCCUGCAUCAAAUUGUUUCAUUAACAUACAUACAUCUGUCUACCUUAAAACUCCUUCAUAGAGAAUGGACCCAACAUAUAUCUUCUGUUCAUUCUAUGUCUGUUACUCAUUCUAUGCCUCCUAGGUACUAACCUCUAUGAAGAACCAGCCAAAGGCUUAUGACUUGAUACAAAGAUGACAUGAUUAUCUGCCCUAAGUUCUUCAAAAGUCUCCUGAGAGAAAAAAAAUAUUUGUAAUACAAUAUGAUAAAUGCUAUAAAACAAAUCUACGUGAAGUGCUUUGGUAAAUGCUGUUGAAUUGGGAAUUAAUAAGCAUAUAAACUUUAGACCUUUUUCCAAAAAACUCCUCUUGAAAGAAAACAAGAUUUAUUCUUAUGACUUACCAAAGGAGACAGAAGGACAUCAGAAUUGACCUGAAUUAUAUACAGUAUUCUUUAAAUCAAUGAGUUGUAAGACAUUUUUCUCCUUGGAAGUGAACACUGAACAAAUUAAUUGUUAAUGGUAUAUUGGUUAACAGGAAAACAACUAAAUAAACUACUGUUUCAAAGCCAAGAACUCAAGUUUAUUUGAUAUUUUUAUAAAAUAACAAACUCUACUAACAGAUAUUUACAAAUAAUUUAGCUCAGAGUCUUAAGAUUAACAAAGCACUGUGGCAUCCAUUUUGAUCUCUUUUUCUUUACAAAUAUCCUAUGUGGUGGGUGGCAUUAUCUCCAACUUACAGAUGAAGAAAUCCUUGCUAAUGCUUAUUUAUUUAUUUAGAUGUUUAAUAUGUACCAGCUGGCACAAAGGAUAGAAGUGCCAGCAGUCUAGGAAGUUCAAUCCUAGAUUGAACAUUGGUCUUCAGCCUUCAAAUCUUCUGCUCUGCCUUCCACAUUAUAACCCCCUAUCCAACAUAUAAAUCAUGUUAUUAAAAUAGGACAAGUCCCAUGUCUCAAAAAACUAAAAUUUUAUAUAUGUGUAUAGUUAAGAUAAUCUCUGACGUCACCGUAUAUUUUUUCUAGGUCGACUUUUUAAUGUUGGUAUUUUAUCUCAUUUCUGAAUGUUAGCAUACGGGUAAAUUUUAAUUUUGGUAUAAUAGAGAAAAUAGUUCAUCUUUAUGCCAGAAUAUGGGAUUCUGUAGGUUUUGGACAGUUGGAAACUUUCUACAAUUAAUGGUUUUAUAAUGUAUAUUAAACAAUUACAUAUUGUAUUCCGAGUAUGUUAUUAAAAACUUUUUUUACAAGGAAA